UCAAGUUGAAAUUUUUCAAGCUGCAUAAAUACAGACAAACUGUAUCACACGAGUUUGAUAACAUAAUUCUCAAUAAUAGAGAAAAAUUGGAUGGAAAUUUCCAUAAAAUUUAUAGCAAAAUUUCGAUCUUGAUCUUUGAAUCUAAAUAUUGUAUGCUGACCAGGGUUAUAGGUUAUUUUAAAUAUAAGAAUAUUAUUGAUAUUAAGGAAGAUAAGACCCUACCUACAAUUUUUAGAGCUAUAUUAGUAGUAAUUUUCUCUAUGUUUACUGUCAUACCUGGAUCACUUUGAUGUUUGACAUCUCUGUGUUAUAUGUACAUGACACUUGAAACUCUUAACAUCACACAAUUUUAUCUGAAAUAGGCACUGUCAAUAUGUCCAUUUUAAUAUUCCUGCAAUUUGGUAGUACACUUGGCAACUCAUUCGAAGUAUUCCAUACAUAUCAUCACCAUGAACCAGUCUCCGGCUAACUUGCAAAUUUCCUACUUCAGCGACCAUCCCCAAAACCCUACGACCAUGACACCGGCCAAUCACCAACCCUGGGACAAUGUAACGGAGACUCCACGGGAGAGAGAAGGAGGAAGUGUAUGCUCCAUCAAUUUCAACCCACAAAACCUAGCCCAAUUGUCUUCUACUAGGAUCGAUAAUGCCGUCAAUGCUAUAAAUACCGACGAGAGUCCAGCCGGUGGAGAUGAAGGAGUGAGGGCGUCCAACCUGGUACCGGCGUCUCCGCAGACUGCUCCAAGCACCACCAAAGAAACAGGGAACGCCGCCAUCCAGUCGCCGCCUGAUGUGGCCAGUCAACUGCCAUCUGCCACCACCAACCUCUUGGUUGGUGUGGUGUUUCCAAUUGUCCAGUUUAUUACUCGGUGAGCCACUGAUGUUUUUCCAGAGCCAGGUGCGAGACCUUAGGAGCCUGGAGGAUUUCCUCUCCCAGUUUCUGCAGCAAUAUUGGAGCAAACGUAAACAGAUGGACGCACUAUCAGAGAUUAUAUCAUGCACAUAUGAUAAUAGAGGCGGACAUUCUUAUACUGAAUUUGUGGCUAACGUAAUGUAUAAGAAUUCUCAACUGGACGAAUCUCUAGCCGAUUCACCACUGGCCCACAUAUUACUUCAAAAACUUCCUUUUUGUGUUCGCAUGACAUUAGCUGUGCCACCUAUCUCUAGUUGCAAAGAGUUGAUGCAACGUUUGCACCACAUUCAAUCAGCUACUUCUGAGCCAAAUCACAUGAAUAGUAGAACAGGAAAUUUUACUCAAUCUCAAAAUAAUAAUAACAUUUUCAGAAAAAAUUACAAUAAUGAAAAUCAUUUAGCAAAUGCUGGAGCAAAUGCGCAAAGUGCGAAGUAUGCUGAGAAGACCAACAGAGG